GAGAGAGAGAGAGACAGAGAGAUUGCUUUGAUUAUAUUCAAAUGAAUCCUGCAUCACCAAGCCCAGAUUCCAAGGGCAGAUCUUGGGAAGGAAUAUAAAAUUAAGGGAGGUCAAUAUUGUUGUUGUAUGAAUCCCUUUAUAAAAGAACUAGUUUAAUAAAAUGGGUUUCUAUAGCCUUUCUUGAACAAGUUUCCUGCUUUACAGGUCUCAACCAGGGAAGCAAACUGAGCUGAGGAGAGGCCAAUCUGCAAUCUCUAUUUGGACCCAUGAAGACUUGGUUUCUGAGGUGGCUUCAUCAUGAUGACUAUGACUUGACAGCGACUUCUUUGAUUGCUAGCUGUUUCUAUUUGCACAGUUUGCUGCUCCUCACCAAUUUAGGUCUACUUGAGCUGCCUUUCUCAGUAUUGGAGACAAACUAGCAGGAAUCUAGUGCUUUUGUUUCCCACAACAGUCAUUGCCUGAGCUAAACAAGGAAAGGAAGAAAAAGGGAUCGUGGGGAAGGGAAAGUAAAUUACUUGGGUCAGUCUUUCGCUGAAAACCAGGGAAUACUUUUGAUUGUUUUCUUCUAUUCUGUUACAGCAUGUCCAUCUUUUUUUAACUGAUUUUGUAGUCUUUAUAUACGUGUAUAAAUUACACAUGCUUUUGGCAUUCUCUGGCCAAAUUUUUGAUGGAUAACUUCCAAAUCAUAAAUGCAGUACAGGUUUUCCUGCAGUUGGGUGAAGUGGUGGUUCUUGAGGUCUCAAUUGAAACACAACACUGCUACUGCUGUCUUAAAGGCUAUAAUUUCCAUUUUUUUUCCCUUGAAGUUUGUGUGGCCUCUGAUUUUGAGUUGAAGAAGCUGUUGUGCCUUUGUUUCUGACCUUCUGAAAAGAAGGGAGUUCCUCAGUAAUGGAUGAAAAGGGAGUUUCUGGUUCAUAUUUAAUUGUCUCAGAAGACAAGGGUAAUAGCUUUUAUCCAAUGUAUUUUGGAGUUUCUUGUGCUUUUUUUGCUCUCAAAGUUUUAGCAAGACCUGGCAAGGAAGAAGAAAGAUGGUUUGAAUUAUGUGAUAAAAUGCUUCAAGGAAGUGCCCAACUCUUGGGAUUGCUUGUUUGGAGAAUCCAGAGAGAAAGAGCAAGUAGUGAACAGUAUAAGCUUCUCCAUGAGCUUGAGACUGCAGAGAAAGAGAUCAAAGAACUUAAGCAAAUGAGGCGUGAGGAUGCAAAAGCAAAUGAGAAAGUUGUUGGCAUCUUUGCAUCACAAGAGCAGAGAUGGUUGAUUGAAAGGAAGAAGCUCAGUCAGCAUGCUGGAGCUCUUAUGAACGAAUUAAGGGUUCUUCAAAAAAGGAAAGAAGAAGCUAUUUCUGAAAUAAAUGAUAAACUGAAGGAAAUGGAGCUUUUGGUGCAGGCUAAGGAUAAGGCAUUAGAGGAAGAGGAACAUAAGAGGAAGGAAUUAGAAGAAAAGUUGACAAAGGCUGAAAAUGUUUCAGAAGAGUUGAGAGAAACUGCAAAGCGAGAAGCUCAAGAAUACUCUACUGAUCUUUGGAAGCAUAAGACUGCUUUUCUGGAGCUGGUGUCUAAUCAGAGACAGCUCGAAGCAGAGCUGGGUAGAGCACUUAGGCAAAUUGAAGCUAAAAGGCAAGAGAUUGAUUUGGUCUUGGAGCAGAAAGAGGAGUCAGACCUGUUGACCCAAAAACUUUCUAUGGAAGUUGUAAAGAUGCGCAAAGAUUUGGAGCAGAAAGAUAAGAUCUUGUCUGCAAUGCUCAGGAAAUCCAAAGUGGAUACAGCUGAGAAGCAAAUGCUCCUAAAGGAGGUUAAACUAUCAAAGGCUAAAAGGAAGCAAGCUGAACUAGAAACAGAAAGGUGGAGAGGAGUAUCUGAGUCUAAACAUGAGCGACACUCAUUGAGAAGUAUGUUUGCUCGCCAAGCUAAUUCAAGAUCAGAUGAUCCUUCGCUUGCAAGAGGGACCUCACAAAUUGGGAAAAGGAGAUCACAGCCUGCUGGCUAUGUUCUUGAGUAUGAGAACCCUGAGUCCAGAAAGGAUGCAGUAGUUUUUACUCCACUUUCUGACAGCUACUCACCAGAAAUAAAUGAUGAACUAGCAAUUACAACUGACAUCAAGCGAUUGGAAGGUUGGGUUCACUCAGAAGCGGAAAAGUACACAACCACAAUUGAGAAGAGGCAUCAUCUAGAAAUAGAUGCUUUUGUGGAACAGAUGAGACUCAAAGAUGAGAAAUUAGAAGCUUUUCAUUGGCGAAUGUUAAGCAUGGAAAUAGAAUCAAAGCGGCUGCAGUCUCAUGUGAAAGGAUUGAGCCAGGAUUUGUCACAGCUCAGACAUGAGAACAUGAAAUUGGAAGCAUUGUUAUUGGAAAGGCAAGAAGAAUUAAAAGCCUUGAAUGAGCAAUUCGUAGUGCAAUUAAAACCUCAGAUUACUUGGAAGACAGACUUUGAUUCAUCUCUACCUGAUCCAACUUCAGCCCUUGAUGCCUCCAAUGUUAAGAUUGUAAAGAAAGAACCUGCUGAGAGGGAUCAAGAGACAAAAGCAGAUUUAAUGGUAAUGUCUCAAGAGAAAGAUGCAGAGAAAGAAGGAGAAGCAGCCCCUACUAACUUGUCCAAAAAUGUUAUUUUCAUUGUUCAAUCUCCUGAAAAGGAGUUUGAAGAAGAGAAGGAUUUAUCUAAUGAGGCUCCAGUGAAGGACAAGAGUGUGAGUCCAGUGGAGGUUGACACUGUUCAACAGUCACCUCUGCCUAGCCAGCCAUUGAUAAAGAUAAAUAAUUCACCAUGGAGGAUGGAUCUUCAAGCCCUUGGAGUUUCUUACAAAAUCAAGAGGCUGAAGCAGCAGCUUGUAAUGCUUGAGAGACUGACAGGAAAGCAACAAAUUGGAGAACAUGCAGAAAAUAAUGAUAGUAUGCAGAAUGAGAUAAAGGGCUUCCAAUUGGUGAUGUCUUUGCUUAAUAAACAAAUCAGCAGAUACCAAUCCCUACAAGGCAAGACUGAUGAACUUUGCAAGAGGAUGCAUGAUAAUGAUGUAGACAAAAGUGGAGAUUCCAGUUCAUUAAGAACAAAAGGAAAAACUAAAACAUUAGAGCAUUUUCUUGAAGAAACAUUUCAGCUUCAGAGAUAUAUGGUUGCAACAGGACAGAAGUUGAUAGAAGUUCAGUCCAAGAUUGCUUCUGGAUUUGCUGGUGUCCCUGAAGAGCUUGACAAGUCUGUCAGCUUUGACAUGAAGUGCUUUACUGACAACGUAAGAACUCUUUUUCAGGAAGUUCAAAGAGGUCUUGAAGUUCGAAUUGCUCGAAUUAUAGGAGACCUUGAGGGAACGCUGGCUUGUGAGGGAAUGAUACGAAUGCGGAGUUAGAAGUAUACCAAGAACAACACGAACACAAGGAUAAACAAGGGUGUUGUGAUUUACAAUUGUUUAUGCUGAUACUUACAUAGUCAAAUAUGUACAGGAAAAUCACACAAGUUUUAUUGCAAUAGAGCAUUGCUUUCAAAUCUUUUAUUGUUGUAAGUUUCAUGCAAUUGGUCUAUUAAUAAAUACAAUUUCAAUA